UCACCAUCCCCAUCCCCAUCACAAUUAACAUCCCCGUCACCAUCACGAUCACUAUUAACAUCACCAUCACGAUCACCAUCACCAUCAACAUCAUCACCUUUAACAUCCCCAUCAACAUCACCAUCAGCAUCACCUUUAACAUCCCCAUCACCAUCACCAUCACGAUCAUCAUCACCAUCACCAUCACCAUCACCUUUAACAUCCCCAUCACCA